AUGCCGGAUGGUUAUGUCCCAAGGCUAUACCAAUUACCGACCAUCUCACAGGAGAACCUUAACAGCUAUUCAGACAUCGAAGAUCCUAGCCGUGGGUCCAUAUCGCAACAAGGGGGAUCGCGCGGUGGAAAGAGACGAUCCGUCACGGGUGCUGAUCACGUCAAACAUCGAAGAACCAGAAGCGGUUGUUUUACUUGCAGGCAGCGCAGGGUCAAGUGUGACGAAGCUCACCCCACCUGUGAACGAUGUCGCAAGGGCAAACGCGAGUGCCACUACCCUGAAGCUACCACGGGCGCAUCAUCAAAGCCUUCGAAAAACUAUAAGAACAAGGGCUCCGCUGGCGAAGCCUCAAACUCAUCCGGCGACGAGUACGACGUCACCGAGGCCGACAAGCUCCCCUCUAUUCCAGACGACGAAGAAAACGAAGAAGCCACAUCUAGCCUAUGCUCCAAAGACGACCGCAAACUCUCCGAUGCGUCUUCCAACUCGAGGGAUCAAAGCCCCUUAAUCAAAAGUCCUGCAACCACAGACAGUUCAAUCACAUCGGCUCGUCCCACCACACGGCCACAGAUACCCCGCCAAAGCUCGAGAAAGUCUCUCAAGUCCAAGCAACCGCCGAACAGCAAGUGGGCUCAUCUGCCGAAAGAUGUCAAGUUCUAUAUUACCUAUCAUAGGGAAAAGUUGACGCACCAACACUAUGCCAUGAAGUACGACAGUGGAGACUUCCUGAAGACGACCUUCUUGGAGAUUGCUCUGGGAUAUGAGCCUCUCCUCUACGCCAUUACAGCCUUCUCUGCUUACCAUCACACCUUGAUGAAACCAGAUGGCAAGCUCCAAAGCUUCCUUGGCUACUACAACAAAUCGGUCUCAUUGCUACGUCAAUCGUUGGAAAGGAGUCCGCGGCAUACUGUAGCUACGUUACUCACCAUCCUGCAGCUUGCCACAUUCGAGGAGUUCCUGGGAGACUGGGUAAACCUCAUGGGCCACCAACGGGCUGCUUACGAGAUUCUGACCGAACUCUUCACACCACAAACAAUCAUGCAAAGCGAAACACACCGUAAGAUCAUCUCUUGGUACAUCCGGUUCGACCUCUUUGCAGGAUUCAUGCACGGCUACGGAAUGGUACUGUCUCGCGAUUGGCAUGUGGCUUGCAUGGAAUUUUAUGUUCGACAGGCGAGAGACAAGCCUCGUGACUUAGGAUCCGUGUUUGAAGAGAAGUUUGCACGAUCAAGGCUAUUGGCAACAGACAUUUCUUUGUUGUUCGCGAGAGGCAAAAAGGAAGGACCGAGCAUGGAGCUCAUUACCGAGAUGGGUAAACUGAAUGCGCAGCUAGAAGGCUAUGCUCACGACCUCGAAAACGCCUUCAAAGACACACGAACGUAUGUGAAGGAGUUUCCCAACGCACCAAAGGGAGACUGGGACGAUGUGGUCAACUCUACAGACCCCGAAUUCCUGUUGGCCGGAGAACUAUUCACCUGGAACUUCAUCCUCAUCGACUUUUGGGCCAUCCACCUCCUUUUCAAGUCACAAGUUGCACAGUUUGAUCCCACAGUGGGUGGAGAAGAAGUAGUGGCCACGGCAUUCAAGGUGUGCAAAAUGUUCGAGGCGCUACAGUACUGCGGCGAGGACUCGACAGCCAUGAUUCUAGGCGCGCAGGCAAGUUUGGGAAUGGCUGCCGCAUGCAUGCCAAAGGACCAGCGACACACAAUGUGGUGCCGCAACAAGUACGCUCUAAUCGAGCAAUGCGGUUACAUUUACCCUGCCGCUCUACGACAGCGUAUGACUGGCGUCUGGGGCGUCGAUGUCAUGCGUUGGUGGCUUCCCAAUGACGAAGGUUACUUCCCCAUCCUUCAAGCCGUUCGCGAAUUCAUCGAUUAUCGCGCCAGAGUGCCGCAGGAUAAUGUGCAAUCCGAUUUGCGCGACAUGAAGGGUCUGUUCAGUGCUCUGCAACUCGACGAUACGGAUUCGAAGAAGGGCACAGGUAGCCAAGGGGGCACAGAUUCAUCUGACCCCUUCGACUUUGACGCUCAGGGGAGCAUGCCUUGGGAGAGCAGCCCUGAGAUGAAUUGGCCCUAG